UUUAUCUUGUUAUAAUUUUGACAAUUUGACUUUUGAACAGAAUCCAGAAUUGAUAAUUGAUUAAAAUUAAAGCAAACAUUUAUUGGUAAGUACAUACAACCUUUUAGCGGUCUCAACGUUACUGAUUUCUGGAAUGAUAUUCCAAAAAGGAUUAUUAAUUUCUACAUUGUUUCUUGGAUUUUUUAGGAGAUCCUGUGUAAUAGCAAGCAAAGAUAUGUCUGGUGAAAUAUCGUUGUUGAAUCAAACUGCUCAUUAUACGAGUGGCGAACAUUCUGUUGCUUAUGUAACGGCCCCCAGUGAAGAUGUUGCUAAACAGUUGGCCCAUGGAAUCCUCAAGAAUAAGUUAGCUGCAUGUGUUAAUAUUAUACCGAAAAUUACAUCAAUUUACGAAUGGGAAGGUAAAAUAAAUGAAGAUUCUGAAGUACUAAUGAUGAUUAAGACUAGGACAUCAAAAGUAAAUAAUUUAACUGAAUUCGUAAAAUCAAAACAUCCUUACACCGUUUGUGAAGUUAUAUCUCUUCCUAUUCAGAAUGGCAAUGAGGCUUACUUGAAGUGGAUAAGCGAUGUAGUCCCUAGUAAAUAAGUUAUAACUGAUUAGUUAUUAAUUCUAAUGUACUGAUAUAAUAAAACGUAAAAUAUUGAUCUGAUUAAAUUACUAUAAAUUGUG